AUGUUCUCAGUUCAGUCGCAUAUUCUGAUUUUUUCAUUACCGUUCACCUUGUCACAGUUCCGAGUUCAUGGUAGUUCACUUGAUUGUAAGUUUAACUGGACAUUUUGCUGCUGGAAAAAUAAAGGUGAUGGCGCACCGUGGCAGAUAUAUCGCGAUAAAAGUGAUGAUCAUAAGAACAGAAGCAUUUUGUAUUCCCGACUUCAAGACGACAAAUUAAACCAUUUUUUUCUGGCAACAUCUGUAACACCGGAACAGAGAUUUUCGAGUGACUGGACUUCAUGUGCAAUAUGCUCCAAAACGGGUCUUUUCACAGUAUUUGUAAGAGCUUAUCAGACACCGAAGACAAGAAUCAAAUUGUGCUGGAAAUUUGCUAACGGAGAAAAUAGCAUUUAUCGAUAUUGCGCAUUUCUACGGAACUGGAAAUCUUCUGAUUACGCUAGCAAAUAUUUCACUGUCACUCCCAAACGACCAAUCCAAUUUUACAUCAAACUACACAAUCAUGGACAAUCCAUAGCAACAGCAGUUAUUGACAGUAUAAAAGUUGUUACCGAAGAAUGUCAUUUACCUUUAAUAAGACCAAAACAUCGACAAGUCAAGCUAUAUUCAAUACAACCAAAUGAAGAGAAAGAAGAAUUUACAACAAAAGUCGUAACUUCUCAGCAUACAAUUAGCAAAUUAUCAUCUACCAAGAAUUUUACAAUUCCAUCUAAUUCAAAUUCUCCAUUUAUGCUAAGUGAUAUUUUUGGAGAUGCUUUUGCGCAGUUUUUGGAGGAUGAUUCGGACGGCUUAAUUGUUGAAAGCCAGAAGACUGGAAAAGAUGAUGUAAAAAGCAGCGAAUGGUUGGGUCGAAAUAACGCCAAACAAGACAAUGUGCUAUUUGUAACAACAACACUUGCUCCAGAAUUACCUUUCAAUUUCAAUUUUUUAAAAUGCAAUACUGCUGGUGGGUGCUUGUUUGAUCAGUCGAUGUGCUCUUAUAAAAAUUCACCAAUGUCUCGCGGUUCAACUUUCCAACGAGUUAGGCUCUAUGAUCAAAAUUUUAUGCAAGCACUCACGAGACCGAAUACAAUAGCAGUAUUAGAAACAGACACAACAUUCACAGAAGAUCAUAAAAUUGUAUUCGAUGUGUUAGAAUUCACAGAAGGACAACGACUGUAUGGAUGCUGCUAUAACACAAAAUUGGAUGCAGACGAAACCUUAAUCAACAUAAGGAAAUUAUUGGGAGGCAAACGACCAUCGGAAUUAUUUUGUCCAUUUGCAACAGCGGCAUACUCAACUCCACUUAUUUGGAGGACAGAAAGGUUUACAUGUCCCCAAGGUACCGAAAAGAUCCUGUUUAUGUGUGAAAAUAAUGGAAAAAUAAAUGGGGCAUGUGCAAUGGACAACAUCCGAAUACACAAAAUUUUGGAUAUUCUGGAAAUGGAACCGUGUCAAAAGAACAUUAUCACAUUCUCAUAA